AUGGCAUACCCCGGUUCUACCUGCCAAUUCUUUCAGAAAAUUCAUAUUAUUGAACAAGCCGCAAUCGCUCUGGUUGUUAUUAAGGAUCUAGCUGCUACGUGUGCGUAUGAUAUUCGCAGACGCCUGAAUGUCAGCGUGGAGGCGGCGGCGGCGGUCGGACCGCUUGCGGAUGCCUCAGGGGAUCCAACAGAAUAA